AUGGUGUGCAAUGAGAUGGACAAACCCCUGGCCAACCUGUCCACCCCUGAGCCUGGAGGAAUGGAGCCAAUUUGUUUUGCUGCCAUGAUCCCCCAGUCACCUUCGGCUGAGGGCACAGGUCAGUACUGUGUGGACAGCAUCCGGGCCAGGGUCCACAGGACGAAAUUUGGGGAGGUGUUUCUGAAGGAUAUUCCGGUGUUUCAGUGGCACAAGCAUGCGACUCUGCAGGAGUACGAGCGGCUGAAGGCAUACCCUGGAGCUCACGGCUGGAGAGGGGUCACCUUCCAGGACCUGGUGGCUACACUCUCCAUUCUCAACGGGACUGCCAACCGGCUGAUGUUUGACAACUGGAGCCGUUGGUCGGCUGGGUCAGCCUGCAUCCGCUGCGCUGUGGUGGGCAACGGCGGGAUUCUGCGUGGGUCCGGGAAAGGCGCUGAGAUCGACCGGCACCACUACAUCUUCAGGACAAACGGUGCCAUAACCAAAGGUUUCGAGGAGGAUGUCGGCUCCCGCACCUCCCUCUACACCUUCUCCACCAGAACCAUGCGGAACUCCAUUAGGGCGUACGCUCGUGCCGGCUUCAGGGGUCCCCCCCAGUCCAAGGAGACCAAGUAUCUGUUCCUACCUGACGAGGGCCGCGAUUACCUAAUGCUGAGGGCGGCCGUCACUCAGACGGCUGUGAAGACUGGCCCUGACAGGAGUAAAACGCCACCCAGAUACUUUGGGAAAAAUGUGACAGCAGAUAAAUUCAAAAUGUAUCACCCAGACUUCAUCCGCUACCUCAGAAACAGAUUUCUUCGCUCUCGUAACCUUAACACCAAAUUUCGAGAUUGGUACCGACCGACCACAGGGGCGGUGAUGCUGCUGGCCGCCAUGCACACCUGUGACCAGGUCAGCGCGUACGGCUUCGUCACCCCCGAUUUCAUGAGAUACUCCGACCACUACUACGACCAGGCCUUCCGUCGCCUGGUCUUCUACGUCAACCACGACAUGCAGAUGGAGAUGCAGCUCUGGCAGCAGCUGCACCAGGCCGGCCUCAUCAAGCUCUACAUGCGCUAGCGAGCGUGC